AUGGGUUUUCGGGGGGAGAUGGUGCCCGUCGUAAGCAUGGCCUUCUGCUCUCUAUCUCAGACGGUGCUGAUCGUCAGGAGGAGGCCUCACGUUGUGAGCGGAGGCGGCUUCGUCGUCACCAACUAUACUCAGAGGGUGCUCUUCUCUGUCGACGGGUGUGGAACCCUCGGCAAUGAAGGGGAGCUGCUGGUGAAGAACGGCGACGGCGAACCCAUAAUCUCCGUUCGCAAGAAGGUAAGACAUCGGCUGACUCUCCCUGAGCUCCGGCCAUGACGAUCGCCCCUUCUUCAGAGAUCUUCAGUGCUCCCCUCUUCCCGGUUUUGUAGGGAGGCAUCGUCCAGUCGCUGAGCUUGCAGAACCAGUGGAGGGGCUACGCCGGCGCUGGCAGGCCAGUCUUCACCCUGAGGGAGCCCAAGCACUCUCUGGUGAACUGCAAGGUUAAGAUCUCCGUCGAGCCCCAGCAGAACAGCGACUGGGACUUCGAUCUCAAGGGAUCCUUCGUCGACAGGGAGUGCGCCAUCAGAGACCGCCGGGGUAACGUGGUGGCGCAGUUGUCCGUGAAGAAGGAGAUCCGAGCGAUGGCGAGCAAGGAUCUGUACAAUGUGGUCGUGCAGCCGGGAUACGACCAGGCCUUCGUCGUCGGGAUCAUCGCUAUCCUCGACAACAUACACCGAGAGUCCACCAGGUGCUGA